AUGGACAACUUACCACAGGAGCUAGUCGACCAUAUCAGUAGCUAUCUCGGUCCUGAAGACCUGAAACAUACGCUCACCGUGUCACCUGCGUUCCAAGUCGCGGCCGAGAAGUACUCAGGCGCUUUCAGUGAUUUCGAGCUGAACAAAGAGACCGCCCGCCGGUUUGUAAACACGUUUGGGGGCCGGCGCCUUGGCUAUCUCCAGCAUCUCACCUUCAGAUCAACUAUCCCGGCAUUGGAUCAAAAGGUUGAUUGGGAAGCCCACCCUGAUGGCCAUCCGGUACGCGACUCCGAGGAGGAUUUACGGGAGGCCGAUGAAAGCUUUACGGACCAGAUCAAGUUCCUUUUUUCAAUUGUCAAGGAGACGGAAGAUAUUGCACGUUCCGAAAAAGCCCACGGCAAGGUCAAGCUUACACUCUAUACACCGACACGUCACAUCGAUCAAGGGAAUUAUUCCAUCCAACGAGCCUACGUUAGCUGGAGAGUUCAUCUCCUUGAACCUGAGUCUUUGCCUGAUCUCACAUCGAUAUAUGCACUCCGUAUUGAGAAUGGCAUGAAAGUCUCCUUUGAUGUUGAAUACGGCCCCGUGUCCCUUUGGAAAAUUGAUUUGCGCAUGAUGGUUGAUCUGUCCAAUAAAUUUCCCAACCUUGCAGCUUUGCAUUGCAGUAUUGGCGGUGACGAAUGGCUGGAUUGCAACGAGGACUAUCGGCAGCGAUAUAUCACGAAGGACUGGGCUGGCCCACGGCGAGACUCACGCCAUGACUUUGCUCGGAUCCUCGAUGUUGCACAUAUAUCAGGUUUACGCGUUGCUCGACUCAACUUCCUAGCCCCGCUAGCUGUAGCAUUUGAGCAACGCGAGCCAUUUCCCGAUCUUGUUUCGCCAGCGAGACACGAUCCACUCAGCUCCAGCCUACGCGUACUGUCAUAUCAAUUACGUCGCUUCAGCGUCAUAGCUCUGAUAGAUCCUACUCUAUUCUGGCCCGCCGAGGGUGCUUCUCAAUUCUGGCCAAACCUGCAAACUCUACACGUCAUGUUCCAGAUUGUGAGCCCAUCUGGUGAUUGGUAUUUCAACUUCUCAGACAAGGGUGGGAGCAAGCAAGGAUACGAAAUAAAAGAAACCGACUAUCCUCCUUAUGCUGAAACCGAAUUGGAUCGCACGAACCUCCGUCAUUGCGAUGAGGUCGAUUGGGCUAACUUCAUUCACCAGAAGGAACGUACGGUACCCAACGAUGAAACGCUUGUUCCACUUCUGCAAUCUUUUGCUCGAGCCACCUCUUUUAUGCCCCGUUUGAAGCAGGCAAUACUAUGGGCACCAGUUCGUAGUAAUGCUAUGGGAGAGUAUAAGAAGAAGAAGGGCGUCUAUACCAAUAACGUCUGGGGGCUAGUCUACACUAGUCCAGACACCGAGGGGUUCAUGGACUGUCGAGGCCACCAGGUUGAGGGCAAUCGUCAACUCUGGUGGCAAGUAGCGAACUGGCGCCCCGACAAGGCGACUCAUGAGAUGUUGAGACAGAUUGGGAAAGACAAACACGGAGAAGACAUUGCUGAAUAUUGGGAACAUGACUAUACAAUUUCUGAUCGGUACGAAUUCGAGCGCUUCGAGAGCCAGCUUCUUAGCACUGGCUUCCCAGCCGCCGCACCCCUCAUAAAAGGGAGGAAGAAAAACUAG